AUGUCCAAUUCGAGCUCUAUAACAUGGAACAAUGGGCUAUUGCCGUGCUCAAUGCAAGCACACGGGUGCGAGAAGAUAUGCGAUGCUAAGACAUAUGCUGCUCAUGUCGAUCAGACCACAUUGGAUGAAGCCAUGUGUUUGGCUAAUACCCCGAAAGUGCGCCAGCAACUCCUACUCGAACAAAAGCGAGAAGCCGCGCAGGAGAAAGAGUUCAACUAUAUUGCCAAUGAGAUACUACCGCUGAGAUGUCCAAACAAGGGACAUGUUCUUGACCAGUCGUUCGAAAAUUGUUUUGCACUUACUUGCGCUGCAUGA